CAAAAAUUCCCCUGCCUCCAAGCCGACCUACAUCGCAGAUUGGACCGCGUCGACAGCCAGCCAAUUCGACGGCUGCCAGAUUUCUUGGGCUCGACAACACCUGGCCCUCUUGCACGGAGCUCUCUGAGCAGGUUUCAAUUGUUCUGGUCGGGCCACCUCGGUGGAGCAGCGGCGAAAAAAAGACUCCCUACCUUGCUUCGGCUGCAUGUGGCAUUGCGGCCUCAGACCAACCCCACGAUGCAGAAGCUCAUGCGGCGGACGGCCCAGGCCGAGCGACAGGCCAUACGGCGAGCAAAGAAGGGGAGCAAGAUGUUGAAGAUGGCGCGCCAGCGGGAGGAUUUCAAGCAGCGCAUGGGCGGCACACAGGAGACACACGCCUCGCUGAGGGACGCCGUGCGCAGGCGGCGAGAGGACUGGGAGAUGGGCCCCCUGGCCCCCCAGCGCGACACCCCCCUGAGGGACGAGACCGGCGCCUACUGGGGCUCCAUCAGCCUCCGCCGCAACCUGGCGGACACCCUACCAGAGAAGCAGAGGGACCUGGCCUGCCGGUGGGCGGGCGGUCGCAAGACCCUGUGCAUCAAGGCAGGUGAUCGGGUGGCCGUCAUGGAAGGCCCAGACGCUGGCAAGAUCAGCACUAUCCAAUACGUCCAGGAGGAAGGCGGGUUCGUCGCGCUGGAAGGGGAUAAUCUGAAGCAAAACUUCACUGUCCCGGAGUACAUGUCAAAUCUGCAGAAGGGCCAGAAGCCGAUCCAUGUCCAAGCCACCGAGUACCGUGCCCCCAUCAACGCCGUCCGCCUCGUCCAUCCCCUCAAGGACCCCAUAUCAGGCGUGACCCGUGAUGUGAUCAUCAACGAGCUCGUGGUCCGCAACUACUACAAGGACAAGGUCACGGGGCGCGAGAGCUGGUCGCGCGUGGUGCCAGGCCUGAACGUCGAGAUCCCGUGGCCCAAGGCCUUCGAGGACGCCGAGAGGCAGGAGCUGGAGGGCACGUUUGAUGACAACGCGUGCGACACGCUGCGCAUCGACGUCGAGGAGAAGACGUUCGUGCCCACGCUGCUGCGGCCGCCCAUGCCGGCCGAGGUCAUAGACGAGCUGCGCAACCGCUACUCCAAGUUCCGCACGCGCCACGAGGAGUCGUACAUUGCCAAGAAGGAGGCCGAGGAGGCCGAGAAGGCCGCGCGCAAGAGGUCCAUCAAGACCAUGAGCACGCCGGUCCAGGAGCUCAACGCCAAGAUCAAGGCGGAGAGGAAGGCGCGCGGCCAGCCGGAGCUGUCGGAGGAUAUGCUGGCCAAGAUCGGCGAGGUCAUGGCGAGGAACAGGAAUCGCACGCUGGCUGGGGCUGGCAUUGCCGGGAUCGAGACCCCGGCAAGUCCAGCACCGGCACCGGCACCAUGAUUAUGUAUGAGAAAAACAGAUACAAACUGUAUAACAAUGCCAUACCAUAUAAUAUAGCAUGGGCGGCGCUUAAGGUCGAGGAAA